GCAGACCGAGGCGAAAACACGGAAGACCCACGAUAGAAGAUAACAGGCAACACCUCACCGUAAUCUCUUCUCAGAACUAGUUUCAGGAAACAAUAACGGUCGUACAUUGGAUCCGGGGUCAGAUUUAACUUCACUUUGGUGCUGACAGCUUGUGAGUGAUGAUGGUGUCGAUAAUGCUUCUGUAGCCGAAGCUGCUUCUGCCUCAUUGAAACACAAAACAAACUGUUAGCAAGCUCCGUAGUGACUUCAGCAGCUGAAGAAGAUGCCAGCUCGUAACGUUGUGUCCAGCGAAACGCCGAACAGCAAAGUGAGGUACUCCAGGUUGGCCACUGAUGAUGACGGCUACACUGAUUUACAGUUCAAAAGAAGCCCACCCAAAGUCCCAUACAAAGCCAUAGCAUUAGCCACAGUCCUCUUCCUAAUCGGCUCGCUGUUAAUCAUCAUUGGCUCCCUUCUGCUGGCUGGAUACUUUGGAGUCGCUCACUCAGACCGAACUGUGCCUGUCCUUAUCAUUGGGAUCCUUGUCUUCCUCCCUGGAAUUUACCAUCUACGAAUAGCUUACUAUGCAUCCAAGGGCUACCGGGGCUACUCCUAUGAUGACAUCCCAGACUUUGAUGACUGACAGAUACCACAGCUUCAGUCUUCUUGUAGUCAUAUAUAAACUACCAAUAUUCUCCUUUUGCUAAUUUAAAAGGAACUGACCUUUUGAAAGAAAAUAAGCUUAAAUAGAUUAUUUUUUACCCUGUCAGAGGGUUAUAUGCCGAGAUAUUUGGUGCCAGCCUGCUGUAAUGAAGUCAAAUCAGUCUCCGACAUUGUUUGAUUGGUAUAUUUUUUUUGUUAGCCUAAUAAAUCAAUAAGACUGUAA